AUGGCACCAGGUUCGACAAAUUCAAAUUCUGACCGUGAAGACAAUGUGACUGGAGGUGAAGGAGGUGAUGAUUUGAACAAAUUGAGACUAGAACGACAACAAUUGGCUAACCAACAAAAAGAAUUGGACAAGUCUUUGCGUGAUAAGCAGCAGCAGGACACGAUGAUGGCAGAAAUUCGACGUUUGACGGAGGAAAAUGAGAUACAACGUCAAUUGGUAGAAAGAUUGUCGGCAGUAGAACCAAUUCAACAAAGUCAAAAUAUUGAAGGAAGAGUUGAAGCCGGGUUAGCUCAGCUAGAUUUAACUUAUGAAGAAAGAGAACGUGAAAAACCUCAAAAUUCACAGUCUUAUAACAACAAUUCGUAUAAUACCAGUGAAAUCAAUAAACCAGGUCACAUUAACGCACAACCGAAAUAUCAACAGAUAAGUCAACAUAACGGGGUAUCUACGAAUCCAAAUUUUCAAAAUACUGUACCAACAGCUAUCCACGGUGAAGCACUAUCAGUAGAUUCCAGUGCUGCCGAGAAUUUCAAAACAUCAUUUAAGACGAUUUUGAACGAAGGAUUCUCGAGAGAAGACGUUUAUAAUGCAGACGAAACGGGCAUUAACUGGAUAUCUCUACCACGAAAAUCGCUUGCAUCUCAAGAAGAAACGGCAGCGCGAGGUUUUAAAGUAUCGAAAGACCGGGUGACAGCGAUGACUUGUGCUAAUGCUGCAGGGACUCACAAAUUACCGUUGUUAAUAAUCGGGAAACCUAUGAAGCCGCGCUGUUUCAAGAACAUUGUGACGUUACCGGUCACCUACAAUGCCCAGAAAAGUGCUUGGAUGGACGCUAAGUUAUUCUGCGAUUGGUACGUGAACGAUUUUAUAAAAGGCGUGAGAAAAUGGCGUCAAGCGAACGAUAAGACUGGAGGAGUGUUACUGCUGUUAGAUAACGCACCGUACCACCCAUCCGCUGAGGUAUUGAACGCCCUUGACUCGGACUUCGUAGUCAAGUUUUUCCCGCCAAAUGUAACAUCAUUGAUCCAACCGACGGAUCAGGGCGUUAUCGAAAAAUUGAAGCGGUUGUACCGCAAACAAAUUCUCAGGCGACUGUUGCAUGAAGAUGAUAUUACCGAAGAAUGCGGGAUUUCAUUUUCGAAGUCAUUGAAUUUGAAGCAUGCCUGCUACAUGCUAGCAGACAGUUGGGAAUCGCUAACGGAGGACAAUUUGAGUAACACCUGGAAGAAAGUGUGGCCUCUUUCGGAAGACCCAAGACGAGAGGGCGAAGAAGGAAAUUCCGGUUCUAAUGAGAAUGAACACUCUGACUUCGUCGCAUUAUUCGAGAAGUGGUUGAAGGGCGACGUAAACGAUCCUGGAUAUCAGAUCCUAGAGGAUGAUGAAAUCGUAUCUUCAUUGAUAAAUACGAACGAAGAGGAUAAUAACGACCACAGCAGUAGCGGCGAACCUGCAGGUUCGAGCACGAAAAUUUCGCAUGCCGAGGCGUUUUCGGCCUUCGAGACGGAUCUCGAGUGGUACGAAAAACAGGAAGAGUGCUGCCCUAUGUAG